UCGUUCAAAUGACGCACUGUCUCUAUUCCCUCCCUCGUGCCCUUUCCCGCCUCUCGUUCUCCUCCAUAAAAACCCUAACCAGUCCUCCUCCUAACCCUAUCUCUAUCUAUCUCUCAUUCUCUCGCAUUUUCUUUCCUUUUUCACUAACAAACCCACACACACUUUCAAUCGCUCUCUAAAGCCAUGAACAGGAGGAUUCGAUCCAGUCACAGGCAGUCGCCUAACAGGGCGGAGCCCUAUCUCCGAUACCUGAAACCUGGCGCUCUUGCCCAAAUCAGGGACUCGCGAAUUAGUGCCAGAUCGCACCGGAUAGACUUGCUACCCCAGAUCUGUGCCCACCGUGCCUCCCCGCCGCCAUCUCCUUCGAUUAAUGACGGUCAAGCAGAAGUCAACUCGAUCGAUGACUUACCUUGCUUUGCUCCCAGGAUUUAUGGCCCGCGGUGUCCGCAACGGAAGAAGCUCGUGGCCGCUAAAGCAGUGCUGUUCUCGAACGCUAGUAUUUCUGGUCCGGUUUCUGACUCUCUCGACUCGCUUAUAGAGGCUAUGAGCAGUGAUAACAUCCUUGUGGCUCAUUGAAUAAAGUUGUUCGAUCUGUGAACUUACCUUUUCUUUUUCUUUUUCUGUUCAGCAGAUUCUAUCUGUUCGUAGUGGUAGUGGUUGGAAUCGUAAUGUUCAUUGGAGAGUCAUAUAAUAGAGAACUGAAUUGAAUGAUAAUAAACCAAUCAAAUUGCCUUUUGGUGAUGAA